AUGGCUCUGGAGAAGUCCGUUGUCCUGUUUCCACUGCUAGUCCUUGUGCUGAUGGUAUUGGGAUAUGCCCAGCCUUCACUGGGCAGGGAAUCCUGGGCCGAGAAGUUCCAGCGGCAGCACAUGGACUCAGGCAGCACCUCCAGCCACAGCCCUACCUACUGCAAUGAAAUGAUGAGGCGACGUGAUAUGACAAAGGGAUACUGUAAGCCAGUGAACACCUUUGUGCAUGAGUCUCUGGGAGAUGUCCAGGCUGUCUGCUUCCAGCAACAGGUCUCCUGCAAGAACGGGCAAACCAACUGCUACAAGAGCAGCUCCAGCAUGCGCAUCACAGACUGCCGCCUGACAGGCAGCUCCAAGUAUCCCAACUGCGCAUAUACGACUACUGAUAAACAGAAACACAUCAUUGUGGCCUGCGAGGGAAACCCCUUUGUGCCAGUCCACUUCGAUGCAACAGUGUAGGCAACUUCCUAGUCCUGACCAGUGAGAUGUCUCUCUCCCCAUACCUCAGCCUCAUCAUUCCAU